CAGUUUGUUGCACAUCGCCAGAGUGAGGAGUUCCAGGAGCGGAGUAAAAAAGCAAAGGAAAGGCAGGAAUGCAAUAAGCAUCCACACUUCUUGGGUUCUGCUGGAUAUGUGGGCAAACGAUCGGAGUGGAUGAUAGCAGACCCUCUAUCUUCACAAUCCUCUUGUGCUUCUGUUAGCUCAUCAUUACUGUCCAGUGAUCACAGUUAUGAUUGGGUACGCGCAAGACUUAAAAGUCAGAAGAAGGAAGUUAUUACAUUCCGAAUGAGAGUACAGAGGAGGUGUUUCAUAAAAUUAUAGAAAAAUGUGAUGAAGUUAGUCAAGGCACAUUUCAACCGAACAAAUAUGAUGACAUACUGACAUCGGCUCUUGGUACAUCAGAGGAAAAACGUGGCCAUGAUACUGUGAGAGGAAUUGGUUCAUACUCGAGUAUCAGACAAGUUUUUGGUAAACCAGAGCAGAAACAGCACACAUCGGGUGGAGUUACGCCUACUCCUGAGGUAAAGACGUUGUUGGAACAGUGUAGGCAAGCUACAUUGUUAGAGAUGCAACCCAAGAUUGACAUGCUCACUCAGAAACUCAAUAUAUAGAUGAAGAACAUGUCAAGCUCAAGCCAAUGUCCACAAGGAGUUUCAGCUGACACUCCUCAAAGUGUUUUUGUGCCUUGUGAUAUACCUCCGACCCGAAGCAGCUGUCAUUCGGUUGAUGCAUAUCCAGUAACCACAAUUAAGAGCAAAAAAAAGUGUUACCUUGCACAAUGUGGUCUCGAUGGCAAGAUGUUUGUGGUUGCACAGGGUACGGCUUACCCAACUACAGCUGAGACCACAGUGCAUAAUCAGCCGGUGUUACCUAACCAUGUCAAAGUCAUGGCAGAUGAAGUGGUUAUUGGUGCAGAGGAUUGUCCUCUCCCCGUGCCAGUGUUGCAGUAUAAGACUUUGAAUGAUGUUGUUGGUACUUACACACAAUGGCUUAUUCAUUUAGUUCUGUUGGACGAGGCAAAUGUCAAAAUAAGGUCACCAAGACAAAAUAAGCCCAUAAGAGACCCAAGUGUUGAUCUAUCUGCUUCUGCUACUCGUAGACUUGGCCCAAUUGUAGGUGAAAAUGUGUUUAUGCUUUUGGGGAAAAACUGCAAGCGGCUAGUCAAGACCUUGACAUCAUUUUCUGGUGACAAGGAAUACCUUGAUGUGGAUUUGGACCCGACAGUCUUCCAUCAUGGAAAUGUCAAUGGUGUUUUUGUGAUGUUAGAGGACAUCAAGGAUUUGCUAACAAUGAAUUGGUUAGAUGUCUCGGAGCGGAGUAAAAAAGCAAAGGAAAGGCAGGAAUGCAAUAAGCAUCCACACUUCUUGGGUUCUGCUGGAUAUGUGGGCAAACGAUCGGAGUGGAUGAUAGCAGACCCUCUAUCUUCACAAUCCUCUUGUGCUUCUGUUAGCUCAUCAUUACUGUCCAGUGAUCACAGUUAUGAUUGGAUAGAAAAAUGUGAUGAAGUUAGUCAAGGCACAUUUCAACCGAACAAAUAUGAUGACAUACUGACAUCGGCUCUUGGUACAUCAGAGGAAAAACGUGGCCAUGAUACUGUGAGAGGAAUUGGUUCAUACUCGAGUAUCAGACAAGUUUUUGGUAAACCAGAGCAGAAACAGCACACAUCGGGUGGAGUUACGCCUACUCCUGAGGUAAAGACGUUGUUGGAACAGUGUAGGCAAGCUACAUUGUUAGAGAUGCAACCCAAGAUUGACAUGCUCACUCAGAAACUCAAUAUAUAG